UCCCUCACAUUUCUCAGAGUCCUCUGCCUGCUUUGCUUUCCCCAAUUCCUCCACACAAUCGAAAUCGAAAUUCCUCUCCUCCUAAACCCUAAUUUCCCCAUUUCCGAUAUGGAUUCUUGCCCCAUUUCUUCCCCUUUUCAGACUCUCAUUUUCGAUUUGGAUGACACCUUGUAUUCUUCCAAGACAGGAAUUGGCAAAGCUCUUAAACGAAACGUUGAAGAUUUUCUCGCCGAGAAAUUCGGAAUUUCUGAAUCAGAAGCUCAGAAUAUGAACAGAGAGCUCUUCAGAACUUAUGGAAGCUCCUUAGCUGGCCUUCGGGAUUUGGGGUAUGACAUUCAUCCCGACGAUUAUCACAGUUUCGUGCACGGAAGGUUGCCCUACGAUCUGAUCACACCGGAUGCUAAGUUGCGUAACAUUCUGCAAUCGAUCAGACAGCGCAAAAUCAUUUUCACGAAUUCGGACAGAAUUCACGCGAUGAAAGCGCUCGAUCGCCUCGGAAUCAGCGACUGCUUCGAGAAAAUCAUAUGUUUCGAAACGAUGAACCCUGGCCUGUGGAAACAGGCGCGCCUCGACGAAUAUCCCGUGGUCUUGAAGCCGUCGAUGGAAGCGAUGAGGAUCGCCGUCGACGCCGCAGACGUCGAUCCCCGCCGCACGCUGUUUUUCGACGACAAUGUGAAGAAUAUAGCCGCCGGGAAGGCUGUCGGGCUUCGCACAGUUUUGGUUGGAAGAGCAACAAAGAGCCAAGAAGCCGAUUAUGCUAUUGAAAUGGUGACAAACAUGGUGCAAGUGAUUCCAGAAAUAUGGAUGGGUGAAGGAGAGGGAGGUGGUGAAGAUGAUAAUAAGAGGAUAAGAAAUGAAAUGGAUUCUGUUUUGGCAGCCACUAUUGUUGGCGCUUCAUAGACUUGUACAUCCAAUUGUAUAUGGCCCGGUCCCACCACUAAUUGCUAUGUACAAUCUGUAUAUGCAUGUGAAUUAUGUGUCAAUAUGUAAUCUUUGUGUAUGUCCAUUUUCUAAUUCGCUGAUCAAUCGAAGUAAAUAAAUUCUACUA